AUGUCGGACCUCAAGUCCAUCGUCCCAGAGCUCCAGAAUGCUCUAGAACGCAAGCAGCUGGAUGUCGCCAACAAUCUUCUCAGCCGAGCCAAGCGCGCCCUUCUCCUGCAGAAUGCCCUGAUUCCGACCCCUUCAACACAACCUGAGCUCAUCGCCCUUGCUCGACAGGUGCUCGAGUUGGGAGCGCUCGCCUCAAUCCGACAAACCGACGCCCAGACCUUCACACGUUACUACCAACAACUCCAGCCAUUCUAUGAUCUCGAGCGACAUGCCGGUGUACAAGGCGAUGGCUCUCAGGGUGUGGAUUUUAGUACUAGUCAACGCAGCAAGAUUAUAGGCCUGUACCUGCUGCUUCUGUUGAGCAUGGGUGACAGCGCUAACUUCCACACCGUGCUGGAGGGGUUGGUCGAAGAGGCCAGCUUGAAGGGCAGUCGCAUUGAAGAUGAUCCUUACAUCAAAUACCCUGUCGAACUGGAGCGGAACUUGAUGGAGGGAAGCUAUGAUAAGGUGUGGCGGGAGACGAAGUCGGAGCGUGUGCCGUCCGAGGACUUUGGGUUAUUUUCCAACGUUCUGGUUGGUACCAUUCGCAGCGAGAUCGCAGACUGCUCCGAGAAGGCGUAUCCCUCCCUUCCUAUUUCGAACGCCAAGAAUCUCCUCUUCCUGGAAUCCGAGGGUGCCGUUAUUGAGUUUGCUCAGCAGCGUGGCUGGAUUCUGCGUGAUGGACGGAUACACUUCCCCGUGGAACCCGAGGCGGCUACGAGGUCGGAGAAGGAUAUUCUGGUGGCUAGCGGCACGGUGAUCGAAAACACACUAGGCUAUGCUCGGGAGCUUGAGACGAUUGUUUAA